GUCAACCUGAGCUAGGGGAUUCUGCAGCUCAAGAGAUCUUGAGAUGACCCUAGAGUGCAGUAAGGGCAUUGAUUGAGGACUAAGGAGGCCUCUCCUCAACUCUGAAGUAGUCUGUCUUUGGAUGGGCUUGGUCAGUGACUGAUGCAGGAACUUUCUUCGCCCCAGUGAAUGCCCAGAUGAAGAGCAGAAACCAAGCCAUGAAAGCCAAGAAGCUGAACCAAGGCCACAUGUGCAGGGAAGGACAUAAAGAAGAGCCAAACCACACUCUCAGUAAUAAGCAUUGCAUAAAGCCCCUUCUGGGCUAGGGUCUGAGAUGAACAAUGCAACCCCAGGCCCUGCCCUCACAGGGCUCUAAGUCUGGUGAGGGGAGACAACCCAUCUUCAGACUGUGAGAGCCUAGAGUGAUCAAGGAUGUGAUGGGAGAAGCCCAGACAGAGUAGUCAGGGCUCUGUUGGGGAAGCCUAGGGGGUUGUGGGAGGUCAGAGGAGGCCCCUGACCCACACUGGGGGUGAUCAAGAGGGCAUCCCAGAGAACUGAUAAGAAUGACCAGUGAAGAAUGAGGUGAGCAUUCGAAGGCAAGGGCACGUGCACACACAGUGUGUGACACACAUUGGGGAGUGGGUAGACGAGAACGGAGGGUGGGCAGGCCCAGAUGAUGCAGUCUGAGAUGCCAGACUGCAAGGCGUGGUCUUUGUCCCUGGGCACUAGAGAUUCAGGAUGGUUUCAGACAGGGGAGGGCCUAGAAAGUGGAGACAGGUUGGGAGCCCAAGGGAGGGUGGGAGAGGGUUGGGCUGCAGGGAGGUCAGAUGGAGGCUAGCAGAAAGGACAGCCAAGUGGCUGAGAGAGUGGGCUAUGGGGCUGACAGGACAGGGGAAGAGAUGUCCAGGGUGAGUAUCAGGACUCUGUUUUGCAAAGGGGCACAGUGGAGCCACCCUACAUGGAGAGGGGGGAAAAACACAGUUUGGGGGAGAUUCUUAAGCCAAUGUAGGACCUGCAUGGUGUGACAGCAUCUGGGGAACGUCCAGAGGGUGGCAUCUUGAGGGGCUCCUAGUCUUGAGGCUCAGGGGAAAGGCUAGAGCAGCGACGGAGAUGAAACUAUGCGAGGGUGGGUAAGAAGCACGGGCAGACAGCCAAGGGCAGCUGUAUGGGGAUCAAGAUGGGCCCACGCCCCCCAAAAGUUCUCAGGGUAGGCAACAAGGGAGGAACAUGCAGAGCACAGCUGAAUAUUCCAGGUCAAACACCUCAGUCUUCUCCCCCUGGUCAGUCCCAGACCCCGUGGGACAGCUCUCUGGGGAGGCUGAGUACUGCGCAAGUGUUGCAGGAAGCCACCGAAGCGCAUGCGCCUAGCAUUCCCGCUCCUAUUGCAGCAAGUGCGCAGGGGUCACGUGACAGUCACGUGCGGAGCACUAUGGAGCCCAACGAGGCCCAAGCCUUCUCUUCCUCCUGCCCUCAUGAAACCCAGAGUCUGCAGCCUACCCAUGCCCUUGCUGCCCUCAGGCUUCCCUGUGGAGCUGGGCUCCUUCAGGGAUGGAGACACCACCCAGGUGGGCCGUCUUCAUCGUCUGGCUGUGGCUGGCGGCCCAGGCUGGGGCCUGGCCAGGCUCCUGCGCAGAGUUGUCCAGGUAGAUGGUGAAAACUCUGCUGGGCAGACAGGGCUCUUCCUCUCAGCACUGCUGGGCCACACCUCUGUUGUGCAGCUCCUGCUGGCCUUUGGUGCCAAUCCCAACCACCGCUGCCUUGAUGGCAGCACGCCGGUGCAUGCGGGCGCCUUCUCCGGCUGUAGCCCAGUGAUGCUACACCUGCUGCAGGCGGGAGGUGACUUGCGUCUGCAUGACCAGCAGGGUCGCACACCACGAGACUGGGCUGAACAGGGUGGUGUCAAGCAGAGCUGGGAGGUGCUGGAGCUGUUACAGCUCUGCCGAGCUCACAUAUCGGCAUUAGUGCAUGGCAAUGAGCUGGCGCUCACAUCUCUGGGCCAAUUGCAGGCCAGAUCUGGGAACAGUCUGCAGGGCUCCUUGUCUUCAUUGUGGCAGACAGACAGGGCACAGAGGCUGGAGCAGAUCGGGAGAUCCCCCCAGGUCCCAAACUUGGGGUUCGGCCAGCUGAGCAGCUUGUGGCCACUGGGUCUAGUAACGAGUGUACCCCUUGCGGACCCCAAGGAGCUACUGCCAGCCCAGGGUGAGCCUGACCGAACCUACGAGAGCAGCUCCCACACCCUCAUGGCCAACCUCCUAUGGAGGGGGCACUCCGUGACCAUGAGGCAGCUGAAGGCCCCUGGAACCCAGCCUGAUGUACUGCUGGCCGACCUUCGGCACUGCAGCACCCUGCACCACCCCAACCUGUUGCUGCUGAUGGCACUGAGCCCCUCAGCGGACCUGUCGGGGCUGUGCCUUCUCUUCGAGCCUGUGUGGCUGGGCUCCCUGCAUGUGAUGCUGCACCUGCGGGGACAAAGUAAGGAGGGGCCCCAGGCUGUGCCAGGCCUGCUGCCAGGCCAGCUGCUGCUGCAGGUGCUAGAGGCCCUGCUGUUCCUGCAAGCCCGCUGCCGUGCUCAUGGCGGCCUCAGCUCCCACGCUGUGCAGCUGGUGCGGCCUGGCCUGGCUAAGGUGGGCAACCUGGAGCACGGGCGUUCACUACAGCAGCGCUGGCUGUGUCCCAGGCUGCAGCAGGGCCACCCCUGGGGAGGCCCAGGUCCAGGGCUGCCCCCACCCCCUGAACUGUACCCAUGGCUGCCACUUGAGCUGAUCUGUAGUGACUUGCCUACCACCACUUCAGACCUCUACAGCUUCUGCAUCCUGGCCCAGGAGGUCUUCACUGGAGAGCUGCCCUGGGCUGGAAGAGAGGGCCCUGAGGUGAAGGCCAAGCUGGAGGCAGGUGAGAGCCUGGCCCUGGACCCCUUGGUACCAGCCCCCUACCAGGCCCUGAUUCAGGCUGGGCUGGGCCUAAGGCCUGCUGACCGCUGGGGCAGCCUGCAGAGUACUCGAUACCUGCUGCGGGAGGCCAUGGCCCAGGACUCAGUUCCUGAGGUGAGCUCCCCAACAGAGUGGACCACACUGUCCUCUGCACUGCAGGGCUCCUCCCCAGAGAAACUAUACUAUGAUGUGGCUCCCAGAGCCAAGACCACACCCAGGCCUGUGCCACCUGUGAUGUCCCCUGGCCCCAUUCCAUCCCAGGCUCUGGAGACUCCUGAGGUCACAGGCCACAGCGGGGUCCAGAGUGGUGCAGCCUGGGACUCAGGCAGCAGCUUGACUCUAGACAGCAGCCCCAGCCCCAGCCUUUGCCCUGGCCCCAGCCACAGCCCCACAGCCAGGGUCAGCCUGAACUGCUGUCUGCAGCUCAGUUCAAUAGGCCCUGCCCUACACUCCAGCCUUGAGUACUCAGCUUCCCUGCUGGGGAUCCAGAGCUCUGUGGAGCAGUUUGAGAGAAGUUCUCAGCCAAGAUCCAAACUGCUGCGGCACGCUCACAGGGUUACCCCACUGGAUCCCCAGCCCUGCACCCAGUACUGAGCUGAUUGAAGGAAGUUUCUUCUCCAGUCUGCAGAAGAUGGAUCUGCUGGAGGAGAUAACAGCAGAGCUUCAAAGAAGAUGCCAACCCAGAGACAAACCCCACUUAUCUGACCUUGGCCCCACUCCUGACACAGAUUCCUGGAGUGCCC